AAGGGUUAAUAGAAAAGAAACGGAGAAGAAUGCAUAUGAGUUAUGCAGUGCUGGAUUGAGUCAAAGGCAAAGAAAGAGUGAAGUAAAUCAAUCAAUCAAUCUACAUGGGUGGCAGAGGAACACUCGUGGAAGGGAUUCGACGCUUGUUUCAACGACGCGCUUCUGUUGAAGACCACAACAACAAUGCUAACAAUAGCCGUGUCCAUGUGAGAGAUUUGCGCGCGCAAUUGGCUUCCAUUCCCAACCACGACCUCUCUGAUUUCGAUUUCUCUACCCUCAAGCCCAUCAAAGUUCCCACACAAAUCCCCUUCAAACCCUCUUCCAUGGAUCCCCACAAAAAGGGUGCCCCAGAGACAGAGUUUUUUACUGAGUAUGGAGAGGCAAGUCAAUACCAGAUCCAAGAGGUUGUUGGAAAAGGAAGUUAUGGUGUUGUGGGUUCUGCAGUUGAUGCUCAUACUGGAGAAAGGGUUGCAAUCAAGAAAAUUAAUGAUGUUUUUGAGCAUGUAUCAGACGCCACGCGGAUCCUUAGAGAAAUCAAGCUCUUGCGGUUGCUUCGACAUCCUGAUAUUGUGGAAAUUAAGCAUAUUAUGCUUCCUCCUUCGCGGAGAGAGUUCAGGGAUAUCUAUGUUGUCUUUGAGUUGAUGGAAUCUGACCUCUAUCAAGUAAUUAAGGCAAAUGAUGAUCUUACUCCUGAGCACCACCAAUUUUUCUUGUACCAACUUCUCAGGGGUCUGAAAUAUAUUCAUACAGCAAACGUGUUUCAUCGUGAUUUGAAGCCAAAAAAUAUUCUUGCUAAUGCUGAUUGCAAACUAAAAAUAUGUGAUUUUGGGCUUGCUAGAGUUUCAUUUAAUGAUGCCCCAUCAGCUAUAUUCUGGACUGAUUAUGUUGCAACUCGGUGGUACCGUGCACCUGAACUUUGUGGUUCUUUUUUCUCAAAAUAUACCCCCGCAAUUGAUAUUUGGAGCAUUGGAUGCAUAUUUGCAGAAAUGCUCACUGGGAAGCCAUUGUUUCCUGGGAAAAAUGUUGUACACCAAUUGGAUCUCAUGACUGAUUUGCUUGGCACUCCCCCUCCUGAGUCCAUUGCGAGGAUUCGAAAUGAAAAAGCUAAAAGGUAUCUUAGUAGCAUGAGAAAAAAGCAACAGGUUCCAUUCUCCCAAAAAUUUCCAAAUGCAGAUCCAUUAGGUCUUCGUUUGCUGGAGCGCCUACUUGCAUUUGAUCCUAAAGACCGUCCAACAGCUGAAGAGGCUUUAGCUGAUCCUUACUUCAAUGGUUUGGCGAACGUGGACCGUGAACCAUCCACUCAACCUAUUUCAAAACUUGAGUUCGAAUUUGAGAGAAGGAAAUUGACCAAAGAUGAUGUCAGAGAGUUGAUUUAUCGAGAGAUUUUGGAGUAUCAUCCUCAAAUGCUCCAGGAAUAUCUUCGUGGUGGAGAUCAAACUAGCUUCAUGUAUCCAAGUGGGGUGGAUCGGUUUAAGCGACAGUUUGCACAUCUUGAGGAGCAUUAUGGCAAAGGUGAACGAAGCACUCCAUUGCAGAGACAGCAUGCCUCCUUACCUAGAGAGCGAGUUUGUGCUCCCAAGAAUGAAAGUAAUCAAAACAACGAUUCUGAAAUGCCGAGUGGUGCAAAUCUUCAUAGUCCUCCUGGAUCUGAUGCGACAGGUGCUCAAAAUGGAACCCCCAAACGUAGCUUGAUGAAGAGUGCCAGUAUUAGUGCUUCCAAGUGUAUAGUUGUGAAACAAAAUAAAGAUAAAGAGGACGAGCCAAUUAGGGAGGUAAAUGAUGAGGCAGUGGAUGAAGUGAUGGAUGAGGUUACUGCCCUCCAUGUUUGAUUAUGAUUUUGGUGUUCCAUGCUUUGGUUCUUUCCACAAAGAGAAAGAGGUGGUGGUUUGUCAUCAUUAGCACUAGAAGCUUACUUUAGGACGCCGUUAGUCAUGAACUUCCAUUACUGUUGUAAUUAUUCAUCUAUGUACGGAAACGCAAUGUAUACUAGUCAUGUUAUAUUUUAUUAUGAAACAGAAAGGAAAAGAGAGAAUGUUACCAAUUACCAAAACAUUAUCUUCCUCUCGUUGGAGGCCUCGUAUAAUACUUUGCAGUUUCUUGAAACUGUAGGGUGUGCAGUUUUAGAUCCAACCGUUAUUAAAUUUGAUUUUGUGAUAUUAAUUUAUUAUGUAAUGGAAUAAAUUGAA